AUGACGGUCGCGUGUCAGAGUCCUCCUUUCUCACGAGUCACCACCGGACGUGGUCGGAUCGAUGCCGAGCAGACAACCGCGUCUUUCAUCUCGACGGUCACCCAGUGUAUAUCCGCAGGUAUGGCCAACUCUUCUCAAGGCUACGCUUGUGCCGAAAAUAGUAGCAAUCAUAUCAACAAUUCCAAUCGGCUCCUAUGGCGUGGCUCAAUAAUUAAUCAGGCGGGCUCGAGGCUUCACGGCCUUGCAAUCGUCGCACAUGCAAUCAAUCCCCAGCAGUUCUCGAAAAUCAGAGACGAUCCGUUUUCCGCGGAUUCCGGUUCGCACAAAUUAAGUGAUACUUGUCUGGAGCUCGAGAUGCUUCGUGGUCGCGACCUUCAAGUCGACAGGGUAUCCCAGCUCACACUCGACCCAAUACCACGCCACGAUAUUCCGUCCCGAGGUCUGCAAAGUGGUAGUCGAAAAUCAAAAGUGGCCAGUUUGUUGAAGGGCAAAGAUCCCGAGUCGAGUGAUGCAAACCGGACAAUUCCGUUUUCAGAAAUCGAAUGCGAUCCCGAGGUCAGACUAUACGUUGAUCCUCGAUGUAGCCAAACCCAUACUUGGAUCAUCUCUCAGCUUGGAAAACGUGAACUCACUCCUGGUGGCUUUACUCACGAUGCCCUGAUUGUCACGUUGGAUCACACGGUCGACGAUCGAAUUCCACAGCAGUUAGUCAUUUUUGGACGUCGUGUGGAGGAGGUGAUUGUUCAACCAUCAAGCUCCAAUGCCCCGGUACCUUUACAGCUGGUCAUUGGCCAACGGAAGCCUCCAACUAUUCAGAGAAUCCCUCGUCCCGAUGAUCCGAUGCCGCGCGCCAUCCCAUCCAUGCUAUUCGGCGACCCUACGAAAUCUGGGACCAAGAAAUCACUUGGGACUGUCCUCAGCACAUCGAAACGUCAAGCUCGUCCACCAGAAGCCACAAGCUCAUCAUUUCUAGUCGCGCCAACCUCCGCCAAAGCCCCCGGCCCACAUCUGUCCAGACCGAGCAGCUUCAUCUCAAAUCUCAAAAAUUCACAGAAGCGGAAUAUCAAAGUGAUCAGAAAACCGGCCAACACCCCUGGUCGACGCGCCAAAGAACACUCUGCAUCUGAUCAAGACUCGGAUGAUCAGAAUUCCCGCGGAGACGCAGAAUCUUUAUCUCCGAGACGAAUUGGAAAACGAAAGUCAACCAAUGCGAGCAAUAAUUCGGUGAAGAAAAUGAAGACAAUCACCAAAACACUCAGAUAUGGAGACCAGCUCACAGAUGUGCGUGCGUCUAUCGAAGAGGGUGAAUACAGCGAUUACGAAGAGGAUGUAAAUACCGGCAAUAGCUUUGAAGCCCGCAGAUCACCCUCACCCUCGCCUGCGUCAUACAGAUGCAAAACCAUGUCCCAUAUUCCUACCCCGGAGACAUUGAACUCGCCAUUUGAACUCAUGAACCAGCCGGAUAAUCCUUCCUACGCCUUCAAGGACUCGACUAAUCAAAGAGACACGUCCAAUUUCAAAGCCAAGGCCCCGAAAGACCGCUCAAAAUCUAGAAACGUUGAGUCGCCAAGGGACCCGCCCCCACCCGAACAAGCCUCUAAGACGAAGUCAGACACAUCUGCAUACUUGGCGCAGAACAAACUGUUGAUUCGAAAGUUUACAUCGGAAUCUUUGAGUAAUCGGGGACUGCACAAGCAGCACCCCAAGUUCAAAGACUUGUAUGGAGCUGUUUGUAGAGGAGUACAGUUUGCCAUGAGAGAAGCAUUAGAGACCCAAGCAAUCGACAAGAACUUGACUAAAACCUUCGUCGAAAGUCAUUUAGCUAUGUACAUGAUUCUCAACUCCGACAACUCUUGA